AUGGACAUACCUGACUUACAAUGCAUCAACAUACCCCGACACCGAAGCAGACGAUCUAGAGGAUCAACGGGGUACUUAGGAGUACGAAGGAGACCUUCGGGACGUUAUGCAAAUGAGAUUACAAACCCUCAUACUAGAAAGAAACAUUGGUUAGGUACAUUUGAUACAGCAGAGGAAGCAGCAUUGGCUUAUGACAUGGCAUCAUUUACCUUUAGUGGUAUCAAUAGAGCUGAAACUAAUUUUUACUAUGAGUUUCCUACUAUGCCUUCUCCACCUCCUCCACUACCACCUCCGCCACCUCCUGAACUAUCAACUCCGCUACCUCCUCCACUACCACCUCCAGUACCUCCUCCUUCAGAGGAGGAGAAGGAAUAUUAUUCUGAGUAUGACUUUGAGAUUAAUAAUCAUGAUGAUGAUUGGAUCGAUGAUUACCACCAUCUUACGUGA